AUGCGUAGGAGACUGUCGGCGCUGGCAGUUCCGCUGAUUGUGGGCUUCAUUGUCGCGACGGCGCUGUUCAUGAGCAGAGAUCGACUUGUACGACCCUUGUUUCGACAUGCCGCUGGCGAUGGAAGACCGCCAAAGCCUGUUGCUGAUGGCGCCAUCUUACCGGCCGCCAACAUCACGCAAUAUCUCGAUGCCAUCCUGACAUCACAGCCUUCAACGCUGCCAACCCUAAAAUGCCCUGCGCUCAACAGCACCGCACGAUACACCAGGCUCAAGAGCAAAGACUCAUCCGAUCCAGCCAUUCAAUACUUCUUCGCCCUCAACCUGCGACAAAACUUGCCUCUGCUGCCUCGGCUAAUAGGCAGCAUCGUCGAGGCGAUUCGAUUUCUCGGUCCUGCGCAAUGUGCACUGUCCAUCGUUGAAGGCAACUCUCCAGACGGCACCGCUGAUGUUCUUGCUGCUCUCCAGCCAGCACUCGAGAAUAUGAGAGUCGCUUAUUAUUUCGAGUCGUCUACAAUCGAUCCCAGUAAAGACGACCGCGUUGGGCGCCUUGCGCAGCUUCGAAAUAUGGCAUUGGCGCCGCUGUCAAAUUUAAAGGGCAAGGUGACGGACAAAACAACCGUCAUUUUCCUCAACGAUGUAUCUGCGUGUUCCGAGGACAUCCUCGAGCUUGUCCACCAAAAAAGGGCCCUUGAUGCAGACAUGACAUGCGCCAUGGACUGGACAUAUGCUGGCGAACACCCCACCUUUUACGAUGUGUGGAUCGGCCGCACGAUCAACGGCGAUUCCUUCUUCGAAAUCCCCCCAGACGGAAACUGGGACUCGGCAUGGAAUCUCUUCUGGAACGCUGAUGAGACUCGAGAUCGCUUCUCCAGGCAGCGCCCCUUUCAGGUGUUUUCAUGUUGGAACGGCGCUACAGCAUUCACGGCCCAGCCAAUUUUGGAGAGGACUGUGCAGUUUAGGGCAGCGAAUGAGUCUGCUGGUGAAUGCAGGCAAGGCGAGCCGCAGUUAUUCUGCAAAGACCUGUGGUUCAAAGGCUACCGCAAAAUCGCCGUCGUGCCGUCCGUGAACCUUGAGUACUCUGUGGAAAAGGGAGAAAGGAUCAAGGCAUCCAAGGGGUAUACGACUGACUUGGUGUCAAAGCAAGAUGCUGCGGACGACCAAAUAGACUGGCGGCUUGAUCCACCAGACAUGGUGAGGUGCAUGCCUACUUGGGCAAACCAGUAUUGGCAGCCAUGGAAUGAAACUUUGAGGGCUUAG